AAUAUGGGAGGGAAAAGUUCCAGCCUCGGGAACACCGACAAUUCCCGGAUUUCUGCGCCUCCUGGAGAUUUUCCCAGCCGGGAAUUUUCCUGCGCUGUCUCAUUCCAGGCCAUGUCCACAGCUGGAAUUUCAGGAAUUUUGGGAUCAUUGCUCCAGCUGGAGGAAAACUUCUCCUCCUGCCUGGCCCGGAUCGACGCCCUCAUCCUCAAACCUCUGCUCCAGGCAGAGCCGCAGGAUCCGAAGGAAAAGGAGAACUUCCAGCUCUUGGUGCUCCUCAACGAUCGCUUCCAAACCCUCUGGAAUUUCACGGAGGAGAAUUCCCGGAUCCUGAGGGGGAAAUCCCAGUUGGAAAAUUCCGGCUGUAUCCGGGAUUUUUAUAUCCUCUGGAAAGGAGAAGUUUUCCUCAGCCUCUACAUCCAGUAUUUCGUCACCUUCGCCAACUUUGUUGUGGUCCAGGGCUUCGAGCAGGCCGCCAAGAGCAAGAGCGAGGCUUGGAAGCUGCACAAGGCGGUGCUGAAGGAAUUCCUGCGGGAUUUCACCUCGGAGAGCUCCCUGGGCCUGGCCCUGCACCUGGUGCUCCACAAACCCUUCCGGGAGCACAUCCAGAGCUACCUGCAGCUCCUCUCGCAGCUCCAGGAGCAGCUCCAGGAGGGGUCGGAGCGGGAUGUGGUGGCCACUGUGGCACAGGAAUUCGGGAAGCUGGAAUCCUUCAUCAGCCAGGUCCUGGAUGAAGCUGCCUUCACCAAGGAGCUCUGGAAAUCCCUGGGCUACAAAUUCACCGAUGUGCUGUGUGUCCCCGAGAGGAGGCUCCUGGAGGACAGCAGGAACCUUCCCAUCGCUUCCGGCACCGCCCGCUCCGAGCGGCUCCUGCUCUUCGACGACGUCCUGGUGCUCAUCCAGGGAAAUAGCUUCCAGAGUUUUGAUCUGAAGCUGGUGUGGGUGGAUGAAAACUGCGGAGAGAAAUCGGCUCCAGGAUUGCACAGCCUACGCAUCACAACCCCGGAAGAGACGUUCAUCCUCUCCACCAAGGACCCUCAGAUGAAGGCCGUGUGGCGGUGGAAGCUGGAGCAGGCCGUGCGCCAGGCGCUGAACGGGAAGCGGGAUUUUCCACUCUGGGGCCGCAGCGGGGAAGGCAGCGAGGCCCCGUCCCGCCGCUUCUUCACCUACGUCUUCCGCAUGGAGGGACGGCUCCGCGGGGCCACCUACGAGGGCGAGUGGCUCUGGGGGAAGCCCCAUGGCAAGGGGACGCUGAAGUGGCGCGAUGGACGCAACCACGUCGGGGAUUUCCAGGAGGGCCUGGAGCACGGGUUUGGGAUCUGCCUGGUCCCGCGGCGCUCCGAGGACCGCUACGACUGCUACAAGUGCCACUGGUACCAGGGCAAGAUGAAGGGCUAUGGAAUCUGUGAGUAUGGGAAUGAUCUGGUCUACAAGGGCUACUUCAAGGACAACGUGCGCCAAGGGUUUGGGAUCCUGGAGAACUUCUCGGCUGAGCGUCCCUUCAAAUACACAGGACAGUGGGAAAACGACAAAAAGAAUGGAUACGGAGUCUGGGAAGACAAGGAGAGAGGUGAGAGGUACAUCGGGAUGUGGUUGGAUGACCACAGACACGGAGAAGGCAUCGUGGUGACCCAGUCAGGGCUCUGCUACCAGAGGACAUUCCAUGCAGAUAAAAUGGUGGGUUCGGGAAUUCUGCUCCUGGAAGACAACUCGGUCUACGAAGGGAACUUCACGGAAGAUCUGACAUUUGUUGGAAAGGGCAAGCUGUCCUUGGCCAACGGCUUCGUGCUGGAGGGGACGUUCAGCGCGCGCGGCGGCCGCGGGCUCAGCACCCACGGCGUGCUCAGCACGGCCAGUGAGCCCGAGCGGCCGGCGGCCUCCGACCAGCUGGGCCUCAAGGAAUUCCCAGUGGAGAAGAGAUGGACGGGAAUCUUCGAGCAAUUCCAGGAAUUCCUCCAUUCCGGCUGCAAGGAGGAAAUGGAGGAAUCUUUCACGGGAUUCCACAUCCAAACCAGCAAGGAGCUGAGGAAAUCCCAGGAAUAUCUGUUCUGCCAGAGAGGCGCUGAGGAGAUUUCUUGGAAAAUUGAGGAGAUCCUGGAAGAGCUCGUCCAGCACCAGGAGCCAGAGUCGAUCCAGAGUUACUUGGAGAAGGCGUUGGAAUCUUCCCUGCAUCCCUUGGGAAAGCUGCUCAGGGCUCUGACCGUGGCGUUCCAGGCAACAUAUUCCGGGAUCGGGGCCAACCGGCACCUGCUGGCCAUGGCGCAGGAGGAGGUCAAGUUCUACUCCAAGAAAAUUUGGGAAUUCUACCGGGGUUUGCUCCGGUUGGCCCUGGAGCGGAAGGGCCGCGCGCCUUCGGAGGACACGGAUCCCAGUCUCGGGAAGGGCUCCAGCCUGGUGCUGCCGCUGAUCCUGCCUGGAUUCUAUCCCGAGCUCUCCAUGCUCUACAUGCUCCAGCACCAGCGGGAGGACGAGCUCUACUGCCAGGGAAUUGUGGAGCUCAGCCUCUUCCCGGAUAUCCAGCUCCUGGAAUUCCUGGAUGUGCAGAAGCACCUGUGGCCUCUCAAAGAUCUCACCCUGACCUCCAACCAGAGGCGCUCCCUGAUCAAGGAUAAAUGUUUCCUGUCUGCCACCGAGUGUCUGCAGAAGCUCAUCACCACGGUGGAUCCCAGGGAAAAGCUGGUAAUCCUCUGGAAGACCUACGAGGAGCUGGAGCGCACGGCGUCGCGGCUGCUGGGCGCGGAUUACCGGCUGCCCAUGGACGAUCUCCUGCCGCUCCUCGUGUUCGUCGUGUCCCGAGCCAAGAUCCAACACCUGGGAGCUGAAAUCCAUCUGAUCCGGGAUUUGAUGGAUCCGACCAACCAGGGAGGAAUGUUGGAUUUCCUGCUGACGGCACUGGAGUCGUGCUAUGAACACAUCCAGAGGAUCCGGCUCCAUCCGAAGGAAAACUCCCACAGCUCCUGAUCCAUAGGGAAAAUGUGAAUUUUUCCGAAUUUUCUGGACCAAACCCCUUUGGAAAAAGCGGGAAUUGUAUCCCUGGCUGCCUUUAAAGGGAAGAAUUCCUCCCCAGCCGAGGUUUUCCUGAUCCCAAAAACACUGGAAGGGCUGGAAUUUUCAUCUCCAAGGUUUUUGGUUUUGUUUUUGUUUUGAGUUUUAUCCCCUUUUCCUGCAAAUAAUUCCCGGGAAAAAUCUCCUUUUCCUGCUCGGGAUGGGUUUUUUAUUUUUGCACUGGAAUAUUCCCAGAAAAAGAAGGAAUUUCUUUGGGAAAACCCAAUUUUUAAGAAGAUUUCUUGGACUGGGAAGGAGAGCUCAUCCCAAAACUCCUAAAAAUUCCAGGAAUGAGAAGAGAUUUUUCCCAACACUCCUUUUGCUACUUUUCCCAGCUCAGGACUUCUCCAAUUCCAUUUGGAAGCUGCUAUUCCCAAAUUUCCCCAUUUUUCCCGUGCUCCAAAAUUUUUAUUUCUCCUUGGGAGACCUCAGGGGUGAUCCCACACCUUGGAUAAUCCUGUGUUUCUUUGGAAUUCUGGAGGGCUCGGAAAAAACACGGAUUUUUCCCGGAUUUUGGGAAAUUCUGGGAAAACAAGCAGAAAAUAUGGAAUAAAAACUCCACAAUCCCAGCUGGAUUUGUGCCCUGCCAAUCCCGGAGGUGCUUCGUGCUCCGAGCUGGAAUUUCCCGUGGAAAAGGAAUAUUUGGAAUAUUCCCAAUGGAUAUCUGGGAUAUUCCCAAUGGAUAUUCGGGAUGCUGUUCCCAGCAUCCCAAAAUAAUUUAAAAAUAGCCUUAAAAAAUCUCAUUUUUUACAGUUCUUUCAUUCUUCCUGGUAAUUUUUUCCUUAUCCAGGAAAAUAAAACUCCCCAAGCUUUUUUUCCAGCUGUUUUUCCCAAGUUUUCCUGAUUUUUCUAAAUUAAGGAAAGUGCUCCUUGGUAUUUUUGGAAAUGAAGAAUUGGAAAUCCAAAGCUCACAAAAAAUGGGAUUUUUGUCAUUUUUCCCUUGGGAUUUUUAAAUUUUUCUAAGGAAUUUUUUUGCUUUAUCCAUGUGACUCUGGGAAAACAACCCCCCCCACCCCCCAAGUUUUUUCCUCCCAUUUUUCCCGAAUUUUAUAAUUUAAAAAAUAACAGAUUAAUUACAAGAAUUAAUAUGUUAAUGAGAGAAUCCCAUGGCAGUUUGCCAGGAAUUUUUAUUUAACUAAAAUUCUUGGAAUUUUGAAGAAAUUCCAGGAUCCACGUGCUCCUUCUCCCAUUCCUCUUUGUUUGCAGGAAUUUGGGAAUUUUCUAAACGAAGGAAAAGUGGAUCCUUGAUAUUUUUGGGAAUGAAGAAUUGGAAGUCCAAAUAAAAAGGGAUUUUUUAAAAAAUAAAUGGGAUUUUUGUCAUUUUUCCCAGGAAUUUCUUCAUUUUUCCAAGGAAUUGUUUUGCCUUAUCCAGGUGACUCUGGGAAAACAAAACCCCCCCAGGUUUUUUCCUCCCAUUUUCCCCAAAUUUUAUCCUUUAAUAAAUAACAGAUUAAUUACUAUAUUAACUAAUUAAGAAUUAAUAUAUUAAUGAGAGAAUCUGACUGGAAGUUUGCCAGGAAUUUUUAUUUAAAUAAAACUCUUGGAAUUUUGAAGAUUCCAGGCUCUGCGUGCUCCUUGUUGUCUUCAGGAAUCCGGGAAUUUCCUAAAUUAAGGAAAAACGGCUCCUUGAUAUUUUUAGGAAGGAAGAAAAAAAUGCAAAAUUCCUACUGGGAAAGGACAUGCAAAGUGCAGGGGGGGGUAAAAAUUCCAAGGAAUUCGAGGUGGAUUUUCAGUUUGACUUCCUAAAACUUCCCGAAAUUCCAAGUUUUCCUUGGUUUUGAUUUCGGGAAGAAUUCAAGCGAGGCCUGAAGGUAACAGUGUGCAGCCAUUUGUGCUUCCAGGUUUUUGAUUUUUCCAAGGAAAAGCAGGAGGGGGCAGGGUCCACUGGGAAUAUUCUGGGUGGGAAUUGUGCUGUGGAAGCGUGCAGGAGGUGCUGGAUCCACAAAAAUAUUCCACAAGGAAUUUUUUUCCCUGAGUGCCUGCUCAGAAUCCUAAAAAAGCUGGGAUUUUCCUUUAGCUGGGAUGGUUUUUUUCCCUAAUUCCUCCAAACCACUCAGAACUUUUCUGAUCUUUCCUGGAGGGAAUUCUUGAGCUUGGGAUAGAGCGUGGAAUUUUGGGAGCACAUUCCCAUUCCUGUUGUUUGUUGGGAUGAGUCAAGGCAGGUUUUGCUCCGAGUUGAAUUAAAUUAAAUUUAAUCCUGAGCGUCUCAGCUUUGGAAAUCCCACUUUGGAAGACACGGAAUCAACAUUCCCAAAUCCAAGCUCCAGCUCAGGCUCCCAUGGAAUUCACCAGCUGGAAUUCCCUAAAAAUAGGAUGGAAAAGCUGAGCUGCACCUGGAAGAGGAGAGAUUUUAACAAAGCUGAGCUUAAGCACAGGGAAUUUGCUUCUUUCCACAUCCAGACUUGAUCCAUAGGGAAUUUUUUUCCCUGAGUGAAGCUCAGAAUCCUAAGGAAGUUUGGGAUUUUCCUUUGGCUGGGAUGGUUUUUUCCCUAAUUCCUCCAAACCACUCAGAACUUGGGGAAUGUUCUCCCUCCUCCUGCUGGAGUAAAGCUCUUGUCCAAGUCUAUUUCUUCCAAAGCCUUUGGAAAAAAGCUGGAAAAGCGGGAAUUCUGAGCAGGGCCGUGUCUAUGGCCGAUUCCAGGUGCUGGCUCCAGCUCAGGCUCCCAUGGAAUUCACCAGCUGGAAUUCCCUAAAAAUAGGAUGGAAAAGCUGAGCUGCACCUGGAAGAGGAGAGGUUUUAACAAAGCUGAGCUUAAGCACAGGGAAUUUGCUUCAUUCCAAUGCCAGAUGAUCCAGAGGGAAUUUUUUUCCCUGAGCGAAGCUCAGAAUCCUAAGGAAGUUUGGGAUUUUCCUUUGGCUGGGAUGGUUUUUUCCCUAAUUCCUCCAAACCACUCGGAACUUUGGGAACGUUCUCCCUCCUUCCCAGAUGUUCUCCCUCCUCUCAGUGGAGUAAAGCUCUUCUCCAAGUCCAUUUCCUCCAAACCUUUGGAAAACAUCUUGGAA